CCCUAUAUGUAGAGUCACAGCCAGAAGAGAUAACGAAUCACCAUUGAAUAAAACCAUACAAUGGCCGCGGCAGAAGGAAAGACUAAAAUAUUUCCUAGAAUCAAAUGUGUACGGGCGUACGUCUCUGAGUCCAAGCCCGAGGACCAGGGCGCUGACUGUCACGAUGUGGAGGACACUCACUGGAUAAAUGGCUAUCCCACCCCCAUCGCCAACCCGAUGUCUGGGUACGAGCAGUACGCCUCCACUCGGAAGUCCUGGGGCAUCAAUGCUCUCGGUACUUUGGUUGUAGAGGUGGAAGCAGACGACGGGACAUGUGGAGUCGGCGUCACUAUUGGCGGAGUGCCAGGCUGUUACAUCGUGGAGAAUCACCUUAGCAGAUUCGUGGAGGGACAGGACCCUCGCGAUGUGGAACUUAUGUGGGACCAGAUGUUCAGAGCUACCCUCAACUACGGGCGCAAAGGACUGCCAAUUCAGUGCAUCAGUGCCAUCGAUUUAGCGUUGUGGGAUCUGCUUGGAAAGUUGAGAAAUGAACCUGUGUAUGCAUUACUUGGCGGGAAAACCAAGCAACGUCUGCCGGUGUAUUCCACUACCGCUCGUCCAGACAUUGCUAAACAAUUAGGCUUUGUUGGGGCAAAAAUUCCUUGUGCCUAUGGGCCAGCUGAUGGGGAUGAGGGUCUAAAGAAAAAUGUAGAAAUAUUCAAACGAUGGCGCGAGACAGUGGGUCCUGACUUUCCGUUGAUGUUAGACUGCUACAUGGCACUAACCGUACCGUAUACUGUUAAAUUGGCAAGAGCACUAGAGCCUCUGGGACUAAAAUGGAUUGAGGAAUUCUUGCCUCCAGAUAGCUACGAUGGGUACAGAGAAGUGCGCGAGGCAUUGAGGAGUUCCACGGUUUUACUAACCACCGCCGAACACGAGUACAGUCGCUAUGGCUACCAGCUGCUCCUCAAUUCUAAAUGCGUGGAUAUACUCCAACCAGACAUUUCGUGGCUGGGUGGCAUUACAGAAGCGCGCAGAAUCGUUGCCAUGGCUUCCGCCAACGAUGUCUUAGUAAUUCCCCACGGAUCCAGCAUCUAUUCCUAUCACCUACAAUACGCCUUCCGGAAUUGUCCACUGGCGGAAUUCAUCAACCUGAGUCCAAAAGCUGACAAGAUAGUCCCGUACUUUGGCGGGCUGUUCCCAGACGAACCUUUGCCUUCCAAUGGUUUCAUAGACCUACCAGAUCGUCCCGGAUUUGGUGUGACCUUGUGCAAGGACAGUCUUUGUCGUCCAUUCCAGCGCAGUGAUGAAGAAUCCAGAGCCCAGGCGUCUAAAAACGCCACGUACAAGUCUCAAGAGAAACCUCACAUGCCAUUUUAGUGAUCGAGUUUGAGUCUACUGCAUGGAGCAUCUGUUUGGUAUUUAUCGACACAGAAAAUGUAUUUAUCAUCUAAUUGAUUUUAAUUUGUAUAACCCUGAUUUCAUUGUAUAAUUCCCUGGCCACAUAAAAAACCUCGAAAAACACCUUCUAGGAUAAAGCAUCAAUGUGACCUUACAUUCUAAUUGAAAUGAAAAUAAAGCACACAAGUUGAAAAAAAGUUUUAAUUUUGUAGUAAAAGUAUAUGUAACAACUUUAACUAACUAAAGGAAAAUGUUACAGAUCUGUACAAUAUUCACAACAAUUAGAUCAGAGACACAGAGCUGUCUUUCUAGUCUCAGAAACAACAGCACUGACAAUUAGGAUACACUACACCAUCUAUCCCGGCAUUAGGAUUAUCAAGUUAUGGAAUAAACAAUUUUUUGGGAAUGUGCUAUAUGAAAGUUGAUUUUACAAAAGUAGAAACCAUCUACUAUAAGGCCAUAUUGGUUCAACCUAUACUCGAAAUCCCCAAUCCAGGAAUUAUGAUUUCAUCAUUUACAGAUAGAAAGUUUUAAUUACCCCUAGACAUGCAUUUAGUUUUUCUCACAGAUUGCUGAGAGAAGAUUUGAAAUAUCUGUACUGUUUGACUAUAUUGGUUUUAUACAACCCCUGACCGAAGGACCAAGAAUUUUACAAAUUUGGUAGAGGGCUUCAUGGACAUUAGCACCAUGAAUGUCGUUUUUAUCCAACUAGAGUGGAAUAAGAGAAGAGGAUGACGAUUUUUGAAAAUCUGGCAUUUUGCAGUAUUUUAACUCAUCAUGGGAGAGUUCAGUCCAUAAAUUUCACAAUUUUACAUUUUUUUAUGUAAUAAUAAAAAGGAUAACAUUCGCUUUGAAUACAACAACGACCCACCAAGUAUAUUUCAAUAUUUCAAAAAGAAGUGAAAUUGAUAUUGAAAUUGUAUUGAAUUAAAUUGAUCAAAAUGCGAACGACCUAAAAAGCUUGAAGUCAUUAUACACAAAAGUAUUACAUUGUGUCACAAAAAUCGUGAAAUUAUUUGCAAAAGAAAUCCAUAUUACAUCGCGGACAUAGUAUUAGUCCGCGAUUAAUAACAGUCUAAAAUUGUAGUUUACAAUAAAAGCAUUUGUGCAAUUUUA